UACAAAAACUGUAUACUUUAUUUUUUGAGAAAAGCAAAUAAUAUAAAAACAAUAAAAGUGAUGGCUUAUUUGUAUUGGUAAUCAGCUUUAGUCGGUUAAUAAAAAGCAAAGUCCUAAAUUUCCAGGCUCCCUAAAUCAAGAUGGAUGAUGUAGGACUAAAAAUAAUGUUGGCUAUGAAAAUUAUUGUUUAAAAACCAUUAUUAUUAUUUUUUUACAUUCUCUGUUGUUUUCUUUAUGAGAAAAUGCUAUUCACCCCCCCAUCAUGUCCUAUAACCAAAAUAUCACACAAUUUGAAUGUUAAUGUUUCCCUUAAAAGCCCUGAUUUGAUUUUAAUUUAUAUUAAUACAUGUCCAUGAUUAUUCAAAUUUUUGUUCAUUUAGGAAAUAAUUUUUAAGGUAUCUUUAGGGUGGACACUCGAUAGUACUUAACAUUUUACUCAGGUUAUACCUUUGAAUUGGCUUCACAUAUUUUUUAAGCGUUUUUAGUAAAGAUCAAAAAUACAUUUAAAUGCACUAACCUUCCCACCUAAUUAAGGGUUGUGGAUAACUGGACCCCUUCUCCCUUGUCCUUUUCUCAGUUUACUUUCAUUCCAAAUUUUCUUCAGAGUUCCUCUUUCUAUCCUAAAGUUUGUAACUGAAAGAAUUACCUACAGACCUAACUUAACCUAUUCAGCAGGUAGCAUUCAGAUGCAAGGGAGUAGCUGGAGUAAGGAAUUCUAGCCAUGCAUUUUUAUAAUUAGGAUAGAAAUAUUAGAACUGUCUCUUCUGCCUUUAUCUAUUAUAAAGAUUACCUUUGAGAAAUAUAGAGAGUAGGAGGGCAGGGGAAUGGAACAAACAAGCAGAACUUCUGCUGGAAUAUUAUGACAGAUUUACUGACAAAUAUUUUCUAACAGAUUUUUACCAACAGGCAAUUUUUGCUUUCUUUACUGACAAACCGUAAAUAUACUCCUGGCUGGCGGCAGCUGCAUCAUUAUAACACUAAAAAGCAACCGUGGCUAACUUCAGUACCUUAUGUAGCAUAAGAAAUAAAGAAUAAUUUGAAUUUAAAAGACUUUUUGUAUGUUAACUUUCCUGAUGAUCAACCACAGUAUUUUUAGUGCAGGAAAUAAAUCCUUCCCAAAGAGAAGUUCCACCAAUUAUUUCUUCGUCUUAGAUUUUCCAAAAGAUUUGGGGUAGAUUUGCAUUUUUGUUCAUUCUUUUAUCUGCUGGCAACUAUUUUAGGACCUCUGUGUAAGGCAGAUUCUGUUGACCUUGGGAAAGUCAUAGGGCUCCAGUUUCUUCAAUAGUAAAAGCAAAGGCAGUGGUUUCUCCUGUCCUUUCUACUCCCUCAUUGACUGUCAAUGGGCUGAUGAUAUACCGAAAGCCCAAUGAACUGUACCCCCAAACUUUAGCAAUUCUGUAAGUCUCAAAAAAUAGUGACUAUAUUUAAGGCAGUUUAAUAAAAGCCAGGUGGCCGGUAGUUCCUAAAGCAGGGCUUGGUAGUGUUGUCAGCAGGGGUCUUUGGGACCACUCUAAAACCCACUCCAAGUCUUGACAUCUUGCUGAACUUCCAUUGAAGAACGGACUGAAUCAAGAGCUGAGGUCCCUCUGCGGCGUCGACAAAGAAAUGGACUCCUCUUCUUGCUUCCAUGAAGUUUGCCUUCUGGGUGAGUGUAGCUCCAGGUCCUGGGAGGGUGAUGUCUGCAGUUGGGAGGCGAUCCCCCGCCAAAAAACUGCCUGCACAAACUGCAUGUAUACCGCGAGCCUGUCCCUGCCAGCGAGCUUGCGCGCAUAUUUUCCUCCCUUCUAUUCCUCACUGCUCAGAGACCACAGGAUAUAUGGAGAAGCAUGCCGUGCCCAUGCCAUGUUUUGCCAAGGCUAACACGGAAGGUUCCUUUGCAGUACUGUGGUAUGCUCUGAGUUACGACCAGAAACCGGAACAGAAGGAAAGGGCUAGAAAGCAGGGGAAGUUCAGGGACGACGGUGCUGCUCUGGGCAGCACGACAGCAGCUUCCGAAGCGUGGAGGAUGGGAUGGAGGAGGAGCAGAACACGGAGAAAGGGGAAAGCUGAGGAAAAACACUCACGCCAAUGGGUAAAAGGGAAAAGGAAGAUGAUCCAUAUGAUCUUGAAGACCUUUCUGCAGAGAAAUGAGGGAAAUACAGAGCACCAAGUACACUUCUUAAAUUUGGGAUCUGUAUUUUGAGAUGAUUUUAUUUUCAGAAUGAGAAGUAUAUGUGGUUACCUUUAUGAAUGUAGAGACAUGAGAAGAGAGUUAUGAUGGCAAAAAACAAAGAGCCUCGUCCCCCAUCCUAUACUAUCAGUGUAGUUGGACUGUCUGGGACUGAAAAAGACAAAGGUAACUGUGGUGUUGGAAAGUCUUGUUUGUGCAAUAGAUUUGUACGCUCAAAAGCAGAUGAAUAUUAUCCAGAGCAUACUUCUGUGCUUAGCACUAUUGACUUCGGAGGACGAGUAGUAAACAAUGAUCACUUUUUGUACUGGGGUGACAUAACACAAAAUGGUGAAGAUGGAGUAGAAUGCAAAAUUCAUGUCAUUGAACAAACAGAGUUCAUUGAUGACCAGACUUUCUUGCCUCAUCGGAGUACGAAUUUGCAACCAUACAUAAAACGUGCAGCUGCCUCUAAAUUGCAGUCAGCAGAAAAACUAAUGUACAUUUGCACUGAUCAGUUAGGCUUGGAGCAAGACUUUGAACAGAAGCAAAUGCCUGAAGGGAAGCUCAACGUAGAUGGAUUUUUAUUGUGCAUUGAUGUAAGUCAGGGAUGCAAUAGGAAGUUUGAUGAUCAACUUAAAUUUGUGAAUAACCUUUUUGUCCAGCUAUCAAAAUCUAAAAAACCUGUAAUAAUAGCGGCAACUAAAUGUGACGAAUGUGUGGAUCAUUAUCUUAGAGAAGUUCAGGCAUUUGCUUCAAACAAAAAGAACCUUCUUGUAGUGGAAACAUCAGCACGAUUUAAUGUCAACAUUGAGACAUGUUUCACUGCACUGGUACAAAUGUUGGAUAAAACUCGUGGCAAGCCUAAAAUUAUUCCCUAUCUGGAUGCUUAUAAAACACAGAGACAACUUGUUGUCACAGCAACAGAUAAGUUUGAAAAACUUGUGCAGACUGUGAGAGAUUAUCAUGCAACUUGGAAAACUGUUAGUAAUAAAUUAAAAAAUCAUCCAGAUUAUGAAGAAUACAUCAACUUAGAGGGAACAAGAAAGGCCAGAAAUACGUUUUCCAAACACAUAGAACAACUUAAACAGGAACAUAUAAGAAAAAGGAGAGAAGAAUAUAUAAAUACUUUACCAAGAGCUUUUAAUACUCUUUUGCCAAAUCUAGAAGAGAUUGAACAUUUGAAUUGGUCAGAAGCUUUGAAGUUACUGGAAAAGAGAGCAGAUUUUCAGUUAUGUUUUGUGGUGCUAGAAAAAACACCUUGGGAUGAAACUGACCAUAUAGAUAAAAUUAAUGAUAGAAGGAUACCAUUUGACCUCCUGAGCACUUUAGAAGCUGAAAAAGUCUAUCAGAAUCAUGUACAACACCUAAUAUCAGAGAAGAGGAGGGUGGAAAUGAAGGAAAAAUUCAAAAAGACUUUGGAAAAAAUUCAGUUCAUUUCACCUGGGCAGCCAUGGGAGGAAGUUAUGUGCUUUGUUAUGGAGGAUGAAGCCUUCAAAUACAUCACUGAGGCUGAUAGCAAAGAGGUAUAUGGUAGACAUCAGCGAGAAAUAGUUGAAAAAGCCAAAGAAGAGUUUCAGGAAAUGCUUUUUGAGCAUUCUGAACUUUUUUAUGAUUUAGAUCUUAAUGCAACACCUAGUUCAGACAAAAUGAGUGAAAUUCAUACAGUUCUGAGUGAAGAACCUAGAUACAAAGCUUUACAAAAACUUGCACCUGAUAGGGAAUCUCUUCUACUUAAACAUAUAGGAUUUGUUUAUCAUCCCACUAAAGAAACAUGUCUUAGUGGCCAAAAUUGUACAGAUAUUAAAGUGGAGCAGUUACUUGCCAGUAGUCUUUUGCAGUUGGAUCAUGGCCGCUUACGGUUGUAUCAUGAUAGUACCAAUAUAGAUAAAGUUAACCUUUUCAUUUUAGGGAAGGAUGGCCUUGCCCAAGAACUAACAAAUGAGAUAAGGACCCAAUCCACUGAUGAUGAAUAUGCCUUAGAUGGAAAAAUUUAUGAACUUGAACUCCGGCCCAUUGAUGCCAAAUCGCCUUACUUUUUGAGUCAAUUAUGGACUGCCGCCUUUAAACCACAUGGGUGCUUCUGUGUAUUUAAUUCUAUUGAGUCACUGAGUUUGAUUGGGGAGUUUAUUGGAAAAAUAAGAACUGAAGCUUCUCAGAUCAGAAAAGAUAAAUAUAUGGCCAAUCUUCCAUUUACAUUAAUUCUGGCUAAUCAGAGAGAUUCCAUCAGUAAGAAUCUACCAAUUCUCAGGCACCAAGGGCAGCAGUUGGCGAACAAACUACAAUGUCCUUUUGUAGAUGUACCCACUGGUACAUAUCCUCGUAAAUUUAAUGAAACCCAAAUUAAACAAGCUCUAAGAGGAGUAUUGGAAUCAGUUAAACACAAUUUGGAUGUGAUGAGCCCAGUUCCCACCAAUAAAGAUGUAUCGGAAGCUGACUUGAGAAUUGUCAUGUGUGCCAUGUGUGGUGAUCCAUUUAGUGUGGAUCUUAUCCUUUCACCCUUCCUUGAUUCUCAUUCUUGCAGUGCUGCUCAAGCUGGACAAAAUAAUUCCCUAAUGCUUGAUAAAAUCAUUGGUGAAAAGAGGAGGCGAAUACAGAUCACAAUAUUAUCAUACCAUUCUUCAAUUGGAGUAAGGAAAGAUGAACUGGUUCAUGGGUAUAUAUUAGUUUACUCUGCCAAACGGAAAGCAUCAAUGGGAAUGCUUCGCGCAUUUCUAUCAGAAGUUCAAGAUACCAUUCCAGUACAACUGGUAGCAGUUACUGACAGCCAAGCAGAUUUUUUUGAAAAUGAGGCUAUUAAGGAGUUAAUGACUGAAGGAGAACACAUUGCAACUGAGAUCACUGCUAAGUUUACAGCAUUAUAUUCUUUAUCUCAGUACCAUCGUCAAACUGAAGUUUUUACUCUGUUUUUCAGUGAUGUUCUAGAGAAAAAAAAUAUGAUAGAAAAUUCCUAUUUGUCUGAUAAUACAAGGGAAUCAACUCAUCAAAGUGAAGAUGUUUUUCUACCAUCUCCCAGAGACUGUUUUCCCUAUAACAACUACCCUGAUUCAGAUGAUGACACAGAAGCACCACCUCCGUAUAGUCCAAUUGGAGAUGAUGUACAGUUGCUUCCAACACCUAGUGACCGUUCCAGGUAUAGGUUAGAUCUGGAAGGAAAUGAAUAUCCUAUUCAUAGUACCCCAAACUGUCAUGACCAUGAACGCAACCAUAAAGUGCCUCCACCUAUUAAACCUAAACCAGUUGUACCUAAGACAAAUGUGAAAAAACUGGAUCCAAACCUUUUAAAAACAAUUGAAGCUGGUAUUGGUAAAAAUCCAAGAAAGCAGACUUCUCGGGUGCCUUUGGCACAUCCUGAAGAUACGGAUCCUUCAGAUAACUACGCAGAACCUAUUGAUACAAUUUUCAAACAGAAGGGCUAUUCUGAUGAGAUUUAUGUUGUCCCAGAUGAUAGUCAGAAUCGCAUUAUUAAAAUUCGAAACUCAUAUGUAAAUAAUACCCAAGGAGAUGAAGAAAAUGGAUUUUCUGAUAGAACCUCCAAAAGUCAUGGGGAACGGAGACCUUCAAAAUAUAAAUACAAAUCUAAAACCUUGUUUAGUAAAGCCAAGUCAUACUAUAGAAGAACACAUUCCGAUGCAAGUGAUGAUGAGGCUUUCACCACUUCUAAAACAAAAAGAAAAGGAAGACAUCGCGGAAGUGAAGAAGACCCACUUCUUUCUCCUGUUGAAACUUGGAAAGGUGGUAUUGAUAAUCCUGCAAUCACUUCUGAUCAGGAAUUAGAUGACAAGAAGAUGAAAAAGAAAACCCAUAAAGUAAAAGAAGAUAAAAAGCAGAAGAAGAAAACUAAGAACUUCAAUCCACCAAUACGUAGAAAUUGGGAAAGUAAUUACUUUGGGAUGCCCCUCCAGGAUCUGGUUACACCUGAAAAGCCCAUACCACUGUUUGUUGAAAAAUGUGUGGAAUUUAUUGAAGAUACAGGGUUAUGUACUGAAGGACUGUACCGUGUUAGUGGGAACAAAACUGAUCAAGACAAUAUUCAGAAACAAUUUGAUCAAGAUCAUAACAUUAAUCUAGUAUCAAUGGAAGUGACAGUAAAUGCUGUAGCUGGAGCUCUUAAAGCUUUCUUUGCAGAUCUGCCGGAUCCUUUAAUUCCAUAUUCUCUUCAUCCAGAGCUAUUGGAAGCAGCAAAAAUCCCAGAUAAAACGGAACGUCUUCAUAUCUUGAAAGAAAUUGUUAAGAAAUUUCAUCCUGUAAACUAUGAUGUAUUCAGAUAUGUGAUAACACAUCUAAACAGGGUUAGUCAGCAAAAUAAAAUCAACCUAAUGACAGCAGACAACUUAUCCAUCUGUUUUUGGCCAACAUUGAUGAGACCUGAUUUUGAAAAUCGAGAGUUUCUGUCUACCACUAAGAUUCAUCAAUCUGUUGUUGAAACAUUCAUUCAGCAGUGUCAGUUUUUCUUUUACAAUGGAGAAAUUGUAGAAACCACGAACAUUGUGGCUCCUCCACCACCUUCAAACCCAGGACAGCUGGUGGAACCAAUGGUACCACUUCAGUUACCACCACCAUUGCAACCUCAGCUGAUACAACCACAAUUACAGACGGAUCCUCUUGGUAUCAUAUGAGUAGAAAGUGAUUGCAGACAGCCUGGAAUUGAACAAAAGGCAAAUAUAGACAUGCAUGUUUCAGGGUUCAGUAGUAUACUUCAUGUUUCAUACAGAUAAUUCACAUUCAAAAUGACAUUUUCUCUUUGAAGUAUAUGGUAUUCCUUAUUCACUUACAUUGCAAAUCUAAGACCAUGUGACAAGCAUGAUUGGAGAGGUUUAAUUUUUAUAACAAAAAUAGCUAUAAAAAUCAAAAUUGCUGCUGCAUGAAACCUUAUUGCAAUCAGUAUAUCAUUCCUGUGGCAUUUUCUGUCACAUUAUAUUGUGAAUACAAUUUUUCUAUAGAAAUUAAAUGAUUUAAAAACUCACAUAUAUAAUUAAUGCUUUUCAGCCUGCUUUUUGGCUGGUUUUGUUAUUUGAUGUGCUAAUUUGGGCAACUUAAUUUACAUUCUAGCAGUCAAUAUGGCUAACUAAAAGCCCAGUUGAGUAUUUUAUAAUUUUAGGUUACUUAUGCCAUGCUUGGGAUGUUGUUUGAAAGAAAAAAAUACACUUAACAUAUUUCACAUUUUUUCACCUUCAUCUUUAUUUUUAAGUAAAACCUGUGGAUGAUUUGAUGAUGGACAGAUGAAUCUAUUUCAUUUACACACAUAACAAGGACAUGCUUGUAGCUAAAGUGAGUUGAUAAAGUGCUAAGGAUAGUUGUUGCCAUCUCAUUUCUUUAUGAUACAUAAUGAAAUAAACAUUUUGUAUACUGUUAAUUCUGUAAACAGAUGCAUGUUUAAAAGAUCUAUGAUGGUCUUGUAAUCUUAAUCUAAUAUAUUUUAGAUAUUUUAAUUUUUUCCCUCUUAGGGAAUACAUUUAGUAUAGUGUAGAAAAAACUUCAUGACAUUUUCAUAUAAGGUUCUAUAACUUUUCAUACAUAAACAUGAAAUUUGUUGUAGAAAAUUCUUUAAACCAAACGUUUUAAUCUAGGACUUCAAUUUAAUCUAUUCCUUGAAUCUAUUUUUAUGUGGCCCUGAAAAAUAUAUAUCCCCAAAAUCCAUUGCUAAUAUAGCAAUAAAAAUACUUCGGGUACUGACAGACUCUUUGAAGUGUGUAUAUUACAAACUUGUAUUCAUAUUCUUUUCUCUGAUAUGUUGUACUGAAAUCCAAAAUGGUUUUUGUACCAUUUUUAAGUCAAUAUUUUCCUUUGAUGUUGGUACCAGAGUUGCUAUAUAAAUGCUGCUUUUCGGGGUAAACAUUUUACUAGUGAAGACAUAAUCAGAACACUAAAAUAUGGAUAAAAAUGUCAGAAUAGGUGGCACAGGUAAAUUUUAUUAUGCUUUAUUCAAAAUUCUUUCAUUAUCAAACAUGCCACUUUUUUCUGGAAAGGAAAAGAAUGGUUUGUUUUCCACUGCUAGGUUAUAUUUUGUAUAGUAAAGAAAAAAUUCUUUGGUCAAUGUUGUAAUCUUCAUUCAUACUGCAAUUUUAAGGUUAUCUUAUGUGUAUAGUAAAUAGAUGAUUUUGAGAUUCAAGGCUCCUCAGAGUUUGAUUUGCUCCAUUUUUUCCUAAAAUAAAUGUUAUCUUUCCCAACUGUUAUGUCCUAGGUAUUGUACUUCCAAUUUUAAACUUCUAAACCAAGAUGUCGACAUGAACCAGGCUGCUGUUGAAGUACAUGUAUAUUAUAAAUUAUCUUAUUUGUGUUAUACUCUUACAUGUUAUCUUUUCUAAGAAAACAAAGUCCCUAUUAUUCCUAUUGCAAAGCACACAGGAAAUAAGAAAGUACAGUAAUUUAAAAAAAAAUAAUCCGGUAAAUGUAGUAUUCUUAACUUGUUCUAUAUUACCUAUUGUCUAUAUAGCUUUAAUUUAUAGCUGUCAGUUUAACAUUGGCAUGUCUGGCAAAGAAAAUUAAACUUUAAGAGUUUUAUAACUGUUUCUAGGUUGCUAAAGAAUUUAUUUUUCUACUAUAUAUGGUAUAGACAAAGCAUCAAACUAUGUACAGGAAGAAAAGCCUGAUUAUUUCUAUUGGCAGUAGGCUGAAAAGAGAAUUUUCAGAACUGUUUGUGUCUUCAGUUCAUUCUGUCAUAACUUUGCUGUUGUAAUAUGUGAAUCUCAGCUUAUUUAAGCUAUUCUCUUUUAUACUGUGUUAAUUUAAUGUUCACCUGCAUUUAGUACCAUUUUUGUUAUUAUAACUAGCAUUUACCGUUUUUCACAUUAACCAUCUUGUAUCUUCCCCCAAAUUUAGCUCCACUUUUUAAUGCAUCCUAUCUUUGAUUUGACACACUUCAUAGUGAGCCAUUUAUAUAUUCUACAUUUGGUUCAAUUGACGAGUAGGUUACAGUUAUUGAAAAUUAAAGUAUGGUUUAAAGCUCAGUCUGUUACACUGAAUUGAUUGUGUUUGUUUUUACAAAGGGUUUAAAUGUUUUUAAAUAUUAGAAAAGUAAUUCUAAGAACAGAAUAAUGUUAUUAAACUUUUCUGGUAAGUUACUGGAAAGUUUUCACUGUUUAGGAACAUAUCAUGAGAGUUUUGAAAGGAGUAAAAGAAUAGUAGAUAGUCACAUACUUAUGGGUAAACAAGACAUUAAGUUUUACAAUAUUGGAUAAAAUUCCGUCUAUACAUGUCCCUAUUGUUUCAUUUAAGGUUUAGCUCUUAUAGUUGUUAGAACAUUGAAUUUAACAGGAUCUAGAUUAGUAAUAUAAUGAAGUAUAGUGAUACUGUUUCAAACUUGGAAUAGACUUAAGAAGUCAAAUUCUAUUCAGCAGACACUUAAAUAUACAACUAAUUUAAGAAAAAAAUUCCAGACACACUUUUUUUCUGCUCAAAAUGGUAUUUGUUGGUAGUGCUUUUUCCCCCUAACAUUUAUGAUGUAAAUACUGUAGGUAACAACAAUCUAAGUUAGCCAAAAAGCAGCUUUUAUUUUCCAUACUGUAUGUAAAUAAUGUAGACUUGGGUUUUUCUGUUUGUUUGAGGUACUGGAAUCUUAAUUUCUAAUAUCUCUUAGAUAAAAACAAAAGGGAACAAUUGGAAUAAGAAUUUAGGCCUUAGCUUCCAUGGUGAUUUUUAGUUUUUUAUACAGUAAUAAUUGUGAUGCUAUUUGUCAACUGGAUAUAAAUAUAUAUAUAUAUAUAUAAUUUUUUAAAGUUAAAAGUGCUUUGUUUCUUUGUUUAUAAUUAAUGUAAUUUUGUGCUUCACCCACAGGAUGCUGCAGUAAAUUAAAUAUUAGUGAAGCUUCUGAUGUAUAAAGAAUGCUAUGAAUAAAACAUUAAGAAGCUGUGUGAUUUUAA